AUGGCGAGUUCCCCUCCAGCACCAUUUCCCACCAGCCUGCCCAACCCGAAGAAGCGACCAUCAAUGAGUUCCCAAGCUUCAGGCCAAGGGGGUUCAUCCAAGCGACCGAAACUCCACCCUCUCAGACAAACGUCAUUUCCGGCCCAGGAUGCCCGACUCAACUCUGCCGUCACCAGCGCACGGUCGGAGACAGGCAGCAUAGCCAACAGCGCCAUCUCUGGUGUUAGCGGCAAGGUACCUGGCCGAGGACGUGGGCGUCCUAGAAAGUCUGCCCAACUCAACGCCGACGAGGUCCGGUCGUCGCACCAACCGCCCGCCGACUCGGCGUCACAGGUCGAAGGGGGCAGCGCCAGGAGCGCCGGCCGCGGCACAAAGUCAGUCGCUAGCGGCGCUGGCGGCGGAGCCGAUGCCGACGCCGAGGAGGAAGACGAGGUCGAGAUCGACGGCAUGCUGGAGAACAUGGACGAGCAGGAGCGCCGCCAGGCCGAAGAGGAGGAGAUCAGGCAAGAACAGCGCCGCGAGCGACUCGCCGACACGCUCGACCCGGACCAGUACUCGCGGUACAACCAGUGGCGAGCGCUGUCUCUCAACAACGCGACCGUCAAGCGGCUGGUCAACUCGAUUGUGUCGCAGUCGGUCACGUCCGCUCCGCUGCAGGCCGUCCGCAUCUACGGCAAAUGGUUCGUGGGCGAGAUCGUGGAACGCGCGCGCGAGGUCCAGGAAGAAUACGCAAAGGCGUACGACGUGACGCGGCAGGCCGAGAAGGAGCGCCGGCAAAAGGAGCUGGAAACUCUGGAGGAGAAGCAGAAGGAGAAGCAGGCGCAGAUCCAAGCUAACAAUAACGCCGGCCCCGGCGGCGGUCGCGCGACCCCGGACAUGCAGUCUCGUAUGCUCACUCGGGACAUUGAGCGCUUGAGGCGAGAGAUCAAGGAGUACAUCCCGAAUCCGCACCGCGGGGGCCUGUUGCCGGAUCACCUGCGAGAGGCGCUGCGGAGAUACAAGGCAGACGGCGAGGGCGGCGGCGUGGGUUUCCAGGGAAUGAGCCACGGUCUCCUUGGUGUCCCCGGCUCGGUUGCCUGGAGAGUCGGAGACGGUGCUUCAGGAAGGCGGUUGUUUAGGUGA